UCACUUGGUUGAUACACCUUUUCCUUAAUCCUAUAUUUAUAGGAUUAAGUGAAUGGAACACACCUCACACACACUCAUAUAUAGCACAUACACACUCACAACUCACAUACACUUGAACACAACUCAUACACACAUAACUCAUACACAAUAACCAAUAAUUCUAACACUCCCCCUCAAGCUGGAGCAUACAGAUUGUAUGAACCAAGCUUGGAAUAAUUGAACUUGGUUUUGAACUGGAUUAUUUGUCUUCAAGAGUGUGAGGCAAACAGAGAUGGGUUAUCACAUGUCAAUGAACUAACAGCAACUUGUGAAACUUCAACUUCAAAAGUGGAUGAAGGAGAGCAGCGGUGGACAAUGACAAACUGCAAGGACUGAAUCCCCAUCAAUGAUGGAUGAGUGACGGGAUCUGCAGUGGCUGAAAGCUAUAAAACUGUAGGGACUACACUGAAUCCCCAUCAAUGAUGGAUGGGUGAUGGGAUCAACAGUAGUAAAGGCUACAAAACUGCAGGGACUACACCCAUGCUAAACUGCCAUACUUGGUUUGCAGGAUGGGUGUUGGGAUCAACAGUAGUAGCUGAAAGUUACAAAACUGCAGGGACUACACCCAUGGUGGACUGACAUUUCCUUUCCAGUGUUGUCUUGGAACGAUACUCCCCCUCACGACAAACGACGGAAAUGAUGACGCCGCCGAUGACAAAUCGUGAAGGUGGAAGAUCUUAAUGGUCUCUUUUAUUCAUCAAACAAGCGUCGGACGCUUAUCGGAGAGAAGUCGUGUGUGACAAGAUGAGAACGAGGCAACGACUAGGGAUGGGUCGCACUCCUCGAGACGCACAAAACCCCUAACUUCGCCAGAAAAAAUGUGACAAUGGCGGAGACGAACGUCGUACAAAUGUGGCGCACAUGGCGGCGCCAGGAUGAGAACUAGCCCUCUCGCUCAAGGAGGCGAUCCAGAUCACUAGUUGUCAGACUAAACUGUGGCAACAGAUGGCAACGGAGGACAAUAGACGGUGGUUGGCAGCGGACGGUGGUCGGCAGCGGAUAGUGGCAGACAAUGACAAACGACGUCAGGAACAGAAGUUGAUGGUGACAAACUUGUACAACUCCUCACAGUGGCAAAACAGUGCUAGAUGGACAACGACAAAUGGCACCAGACAAUGAAACGACGUCAAACAGCGGCAAACGACGCCUGGACAGCGGCAAACGGUGCCUGGAUAGCGGCAAACGGUGCCUAGAUCAUCAAAUUUUGAGUCGAUCUUGCUCAAGAUCACAUUCUCAAACCUAGACUUUUCAUCUCUAGCCAAAUCUUUCUCCGUAACACCCAUUGCUAGAAUGUCCCCUUUCCAUUCCGUCACAUCAACAUCAUUAACAGUGAAACAAAUCUAGGGGGUUUCGAUAUUAGAAGGAUGAGUGAGACCGAGAGUGGCAUGUGCGAGAUGUAAUGAUAGGGGUAGCAGAUAAAGAGAAAUUACUUCCAGUAGAAGAAGCCAUUUUAAACUUAGAGAAGAAAAGGGACUUAGGGUUCCCAAGCUAACAAAACGGAGAAACAGGAACCAAAACACACUCAAGAAGUUCUGGUGAGACGAUCUGCAGUGACGCGGUGAAACUCUGACACCGGGAAGGCGGCACGUGCAGAACACGCAGCUGAGACUGGUCGAAAAGAAGCGGCGCGUGACAGCUGGUGCGGAGGCUUCGGAGGACGGGACCACUAGGGUUGGGUUGCACUUCUCAAGGCGCACCUAACCUUUGACUUCGCCGGAGAAAACGACGUUCGGCGGCGGCGGCGACAGCAGACUGGCCGGAAAGAAGCGCUGCGUGGCAGCUGGUGCAGAGGCUUCAAAGGACGGGACCACCAGGGUUGGGCUGCGCUUCUCAAGGCGCACCUAACCCUUGACUUCGUCGGAGAAAGCGACGUUGGACGGCGACGACGACGAACAGCGGAGCGAAUGGCGGAACUGACAAUGAGAUGUUGCCGUCGACGAUAGAUGAAGAAGACAAAGAGUUGGCUCUUGAAACCAGCGUGGUUCGCCGUCGCUCGAAGAGACGGUCCAGAUCCGCAGGUUACCGGCUAAAACUGCGGCGGCGGGUAGCGGCGAUGGUCGACGGCAGAGGAGACUGGCUGCACUGGUGCGACUGUGGCACAGAUUUAAGAAGAGAAAGGGCUGCCCCUUGAAAUUUUAGGGGCUGCUGGCCGCCGACAGACAGCAGAGACCCCGGAAGAAGAUCAGAGAACCUGCUCUGAUACCAUGUGAAAAUGGAAUAUAUUGAAUCACUUGGUUGAUACACCUUCUCCUUAAUCCUAUAUUUAUAGGAUUAAGUGAAUGGAACACACCUCACACACACUCAGAUACAGCACAUACACACUUACAGCUCACAUACACUUGAACACAACUCUCAUACACACAUAACUCAUACAGAAUAACCAAUAAUUCUAACACUAAUAAUUAAUUUAUGUUAGGAAUAGAAGGGAAACCAAGGGUUUGCACCGAGCGUCACAGCCGAACGGUAUGAGUGUUGUAUGCGACUGGAGAACGAACGUCCCUAGCCGAACACUCCGAACACACAGUAUUGCAACGUAGAUGACCGAACGACCCAGCAAGAACACGAACAACACCGAUCGGUUUAAGACCUUUACACCGAACAAUCAAGGAAAUGAAUAGAGAAAGAAAGAGUAAAACUCAAACGCACAUAAAAUGUAUUAUUCACACUGAUCUCAAAAGGAUGCUUUACAAGAAGAGAGGUUCAGUAUUUAUAAAAUGAAAAGCAACUGGACAGUUAAUCAAUAACUGUCCUGACCAACUAACUAACAAACUCGGCUUAAUUCCAACACUCCCCUCUAAGCCGAGCACUUAGGGGAGGCAACCAUUCUUUCCAGCCUAUCACGUGCAUCACGUUGAGACAACCGAACGGUUUUGACCGAUCGAUGUGUGACUGAACGGUGUGAUCUUGCCAGUCACGUGACGAAGGCGGACGCCAACUUGUGUGAGCUGUGCAACCAAGGCCGAACGGUUCGAAAGAGCGACUGAGUGACAUGACCGACCGGUUUGAGUGUGGUUGCCAUUUUGACGCUCUUGUGUGACGCCACGCUCGGUUGAAUGAAUGUUGAGGUCGGGUGUGGCUGAAUGACUUGAUCGAACGGUGUUCGUAAAUGUCUUGGUUCUCCCAUGACUCCGAGACUGAAAGACGUGACCGAACGGUGUUCUCCAUGUUUCGGUUCACCAGUGACACCAACUCCCCAUGCUUCUUUGGUAGCAUUCACUUCAACGUUUUCCUCCUUCCACAUGGACUUCUUCAAGGCCUCGGUUUGACCGAUCGGUUCUGCGCAUGCAAACAUAUCUUCAUCCUCUGUUUGUCCGAUCGAGUUUGUGCAUGCAAGCAUAGCUACAUGCACCAAACCUUCCUCAUCACCAGUCCGUGUAUCAGUAAUGAUCUCUCUAGAUUCUUCACUCAUUGCAGACUUCACUAGGUUGAUAUGAAAUGUUUUAUCCUUCGAGAUCUUGCACCUCAAGAUCAGGUUCUUCUUUUUGUCAAACACUUCAACCUUAUUGAAAUCUCCCAUUACUAUCGUAAAAUCUUUUUGAAUUAACUGGCCAAUACUUAGAAGAUUGUACCUUAUCGCAGGCACAAACAGUACACCAGUUAGAAUGAUACGCGAGCCAUUCUUCCUUUUGAUAACCACAUCACCAACUCCAUCUACCUUCGAGGUGCUCUCAUCAGCAAAUUUCACCAUGCUCCUCUUGGUCUCAGCAAAAUUUACUAACCAACCUCUGUUGCAGGUCAUAUGAUUCGAACAUCCCAAAUCCAAAUACCACAAUUUGUCUUGAGAGUGUGAACUUACUUCAGAUGUAGUUGUCAUCAAUAUGACUGGUUCUUCUGAACCAGACUCCACUUGAGCUGCAUAGGCCUCCUUUCCUUGACCCUUUUUCUGCUCUUUCUUUUCGGCAUAACACUCACUAGCGUAAUGCCCAUACCUAUGACAAUUAAAACACUCAAUAUUCCUUUUGUCUUUCUUCUGGAAAUUCUUCUCAGAUUUUCCUUCAUCCUCUGUUGAAGAUUCAUUCUGAUCAUCUUUGUUCCUAUCUUUUCUCCACUUCCCUUUACCAUUUUUCCCUUUCCAAUUCUUGAAUGUCUUCUUCUCUACAUGCUGAGCCUUCAAAGCCUGCUCCUCGCGUUUGAUGGGAUUUCUUUCACGCAUCCUCAUUUCAUACGCCUCCAAAGAGCUUUGCAGUUCCUCUAUUUUGAGUUUUCCAAGGUCUCUCGACUCCUUUAUUGCCACCACAAUAUGAUCAAAUGUCGAGGGCAGUGACCGCAUGAUUUUCUCAAUCACCAUGAGAUCAGUAACAGUGUCACCACAAUUUUUCAUCUGGUUAACAAUUGAGAGUAUUUUACUGAAAAACUCACUCACCUUAUCACCAUCCUCCAUCAGUAGGCGCUCGUACUGUCUCCUCAACGACUGAAGCUUUACUUUCUUCACUUUUUCCCCUCCGGCAUGACAGUCCACCAAGAUGUUCCAUGCUUCUCUUGCUGAAGCCGCAUUUUGUAUCUUUUCAAAAUGCUUAUCGUCCACACACUGAUGGAUAAUCAACAAGGCUCUAUCAUUUUUCCUCUUAAACUCCUCUUUCUCAGUGCCGUGAAAAUCAGACGCAGAAACUGCUCUCUCCAUUACGCUGUUGACAUCUUGAACACAAAACAAGAUGUGCAUCUGUGUGCUCCAUCUGCUCCAGCUCUUGUCUGUGAGAACAGGUAGAUUAACAGACAUAUCUCUGCUGGCCAUUCUUUACACCCUCGAUCUUUCACCAAGAAACACAGUCUUGAUCUUCUUUAUGCCUCAAUCACCUUUCUGAUAAGCUUCUGCCAAGCCCUAGAUGAAUACGAAGCUCCCAAUCACGAACCUGAAGCUCUGGACACCACUGUUAGGAAUAGAAGGAAAACCAAGGGUUUGCACUGAGCGUCACAGUCGAACGGUAUGAGUGCGUAUGCGACUGGAGAACGAACGUCCCUAGCCGAACACUACGAACUCACAGUACUGCAACUUAGAUGACCGAACGACCCAACAAGAACACGAACAGCAUCGAUCGGUUUAAGACCUUUACACUGAACGAUCAAGGAGAUCAACAGAGAAAGAAAGAGUAAAACUCAAACGCACAGAAAAUGUAUUAUUCACACUGAUCUCAAAAGAAUGCUUUACAAGAACGGAGGUUCAGUAUUUAUAAAAUAAAAAGCAACUGCACAGUUAAUCAAUAACUAUCCUGACCAACUAACUAACAAACUCGGCUUAAUUCCAACAUUUACUAAUUUCAUUAAACACAAUCGAAAUGGGUACACUAGUACAAAAGAGGGAUUUGAAAGCGCCCCAUACGCCUCGGUUUAGCCAUACACGAAGCAUAUACAAACGUGGUGGCAAAACCGUAAAUAACGCUCCACUAUAUGCCUCGGUUGUCCAAUACCCGAAGCCAAAAGAACCAUACGAACUCGGUUCUACGCACAACCGAGGCAUAUACCCGUGUCUUAGACCUGCCACCUGACCUGCCAAAACCUGCCACGCCCUACUAACUCGGCUGAAAUCAGAACCGAAGCGUAAAGCGGAACUUCCAACUCGGUUUUGAAAGAACCGAGGCAGAUCUACCUGCUUCAUUCCUGCCACCCAUCCUGUCACCCACCUGCCAGACAAGGUUACUAACUCGGUUGUCGUGUAAAUCGAAGCAGUUAUGGGGUACUAACUCGGUUCUGAUGUGAACCGAGGCAGUAAGCAUGCUCAGACCCUGCAAAUGCCUCUGCCAUCCUCUGACGUAGCAGACGUUUCGCCUUCUCUUUAGGCAGCGGGUAAAUAUAAACCGAGGUGGUAAGGCUUUUAUGCCUCGGUUAAGUGGCGAAACGAGGCAGUAAGUGCUUUAAACCUCGGUUAUUCAACGAACCGAGGCAGUAAGGUGUUUAAAUUUCUUCCGCGAAACGAACCGCCUUCGCUCUUCUUCACUGCUACAGAGAAAACAAAACCCAGAAACGAAAACAGUGCCGCGUUCGCUUCUUCGUCCUCGCUUCCUCUGCUGGUGACCCUUCAUCGUCGUCGUUCUUCCUCUCCACGUGUGACCACCGUUCAUCGGAAGGUGUCCUCUCGUGUGUGCGUUGGUUUCGUCCGCUUUGCUUCCAUCUCCGUCGCGGCUAUUGGUGGUGUUGUGUCUGCCGCUGUUCUCCGUCGCCGGUGCCGGUGCUUCUAUUUCAAUUCCGGAUUUCAUUCUCGCUGCCACGCUCCGAGAUAUAUGGCUGAGUCACCUCAUUCGUCAGGCGAUGAAGUCCCCACCACUUCUAGACGGACGAGAGGAGCAACGAGGUUACGACAACUAAUACUUAGAAGAAAUGCAGGUGAGAGGACACCUGUCAUUAUUGACGUGGUCACUGGAGUUGCAUCUGGCCCAAAUGCAUAUGUAUUUAGGUCUUACCUUGGGGUAUUAGCACGUGAUCGUAUCUCUAUACUUACUCCAUCCUUUGACCAUGUUUCUGAGGCUGAUCGGAAUCUCAUCUGGCAAGAUCUAUUGAUAACAUUUGAUAUGCCAAACGUCGAGAGCUUAAGGAAUAGGUGUAUAUCUGCAAUUGCAGAAAGAUUUCGAGGGUUUAAGACAAAAUUGACGUCUAGAUAUAUAUUUGGAACAAAAAGUGAUGAAAAUCCAUGUUCCAAAUAUUCAGCAAUUGAUGAAGAAACAUGGCGUCAGUUUGUAGAGCUUCGUUCAUCUGAGGCGUGGCAGGAAAAAAGGUCAAAAGCACAGGGAAUAAGCGCUCAGAAUAAAAAUCCACACCUACUGUCUCGUGGUGGAUAUAGGAAGCUUGAAGAGAAAAUAAUGAAGCAGAAGUCAGAUAGUAGACUUCCACUUUCUGAGGGUGGUGACCCUCUUCCUCCUCCUUCACCACCAUCUCGGCACGACAAGUGGAAGUUAGCCCGUAUGAGACCAUCGGGCUCCUACACUUCCGAGUCUGUCAGAGAAAUAUCUGAACGAAUUGACUCAUUGGUUGAGCAGAGCUCCCAAGGUCAAUUCACACAAGAAGGUCGUCAAGAUAUUCUUACCACAACUAUUGGACGACCUGAGCAUCCAGGACGGGUGCGUGCUGCUGGGACUGGCAUAGGCAUACGAUAGUUUUUUGGGUCUUCCUCGCGUCCAUAUUCAUAUGAAAAGAUGAAGGAGGAAAUAAGAAAAGAGAUGACGCAGGAGAUCACAAAGAAGGUUCAAGCAGAGUUAUAUGAUGAAGUUGCUGAAAUGGUUGCGCGCCAGUUCCAGCAGCAUUAUGAGGAUUAUGGCAAUCGUCCUCCACCAUCUCCUGUAGCGGAACAUGUUGUGCCCCCUACAGGUAGGAGCGGUAAAGGAAGUUGCUCAGCUGCCGGUGCCCCAGGGGACGACAUGGAUGACACUCGUCCAUGUGAGUUAUAUAUUCUCUCUGAUACUGGGACCAUGCUAGUGGCUCGUGGUACAGUUUAUGAGACAGCCACUGUAGUGCAUAGUGUAUAGCUUGCAGAAGAUGAGGUCAAGGUCACGGUAGAUGAAGUUGUCAUAGCGGAUGUCGUUCUUCCUGUGCCUACUGAUGAAGCAUUUAGGUCCUUUGUGGAAGAAGCAUUUAGGUCCUUUGUCGCCUGGCCUAGACAUUUGGUUGGUCAUGUAUCUAAUCCCCCGCAGAUAGGUCAAGAGGGAAGUCCUAGACCGAAGAAGACUCAUUUAUCUGAUGAUGACCCUCUUGGUGCGUUAGACGAGCUUGCUAAACUCAUUUUA